GUCACUCUAUACUUCCACUAUAAAUUUCCUACCCCAUGCCACAACUAAACCACCGUUUUCAAACCCUACGCAAGUCGCAAAAAAGCACUUCUUUGUCCUAAAAAAACAGAGGAAAUGGCAUCAGGGCAAGACCAGCCACAGCUUGAAGCCAUAAAAAACGCUCCACAGGAGGAAAAAGCUGACCUUGAUGCUAGGGCAAGGCAAGGAGAGACUGUGGUUCCUGGUGGAACUCGUGGGAAAAGCCUGGAAGCUCAGAGACACUUAGCUGAAGGUAAUUUACAUAAUCAUAACAGUAAACAAGUCAGGAGGCACAAGGGAGGGGAGGCAAGGAAGCAGCAGAUGGGGAAAGAAGGGUACCAGGAAAUGGGGCAUAAAGGUGGUCUCAGCACUACUGACAAGUCCGGUGGAGAGCGUGCCUCAGAAGAAGGGAUUCCCAUUGAUGAGUCCACGUUCAGGACCAGAAGCUAAAGAAAUCUCCUGUGAAAUGUUGUUUUAAUUAUGUUUUAGGGUUUAGUAAGAAGUAAAAACCAGUUGAUAUGUAUA